AUGGGCUUUGAUCCUCGUAUUCCGAAAUGGGAAGAACUAGGCCUUCUAAGCCCGUCCUCGAUCGCAUCCAGGCUUCACAAGGAAAUUAUAGGAAGAUGUCUAAAAGAAGAUACGCGUCUGAGAAGCCAAUUUCUCUUAUACUCGGUUAAAAAGGGAAAUACUCAAUAUUGGAACGAAAGUAGCCUCAAGAAUUUCCUCACAGUAGACUCUAUCGAGAACAUCGCACAUCAUUCGAACGUAGUUUACUCCGUCAUUUUCCUGCUCUUGAGAUAUCUGAGCGAAUUCCCGUUUGGGACAAAAUUAAAUACCUCGGAUCCUGGUUUGAUCACGUCGGAGGAACUUUUGCGCGCAGUCUUCUGGCUACUACCCGGAAAGGCAGAGCGGGCCCUAGGAGCGGGAUGUUUGGGAGCUGCCGUCAAUGUGCGAGCUCGUAGCGCAGCAGAUCAGAGAAGACUGCUAUUCGAAGGUCUCGCAGAUGUUGAAAGAGACUUUGCUUUCAACGAGGCGGAAGAAAAAAAGAUCGCUUCCGAAAAGGCAAAAGAAGUCCACGAGUUUCGUGAGGACUUUACUCUGCCAAAUUACGACGAGGAAGACGAAAGAUAUCACGAUAUUCUUGAUGUUAUCACGUACACGCAAGACGAAAUGCAAGAGGAAAGAAUAGGUCCUUGUGACAGAGAUGAUUGGCGUCACAUUGUCUCAAAGUUAAACAAACCAACACCGCUAAGACGACUAGCCAUUUCGCGAGACCGGUUGAAAGUACUCUUUGAAUUUGGUCUUGUUUCACACCUGACAUGUCUGGGAGAGAUAGAAGCUGCCCAAAUAGAACGCUCGGCAGAAUCUCUGUUGAACACAUUCUGCCAAAGUACAAGCCCUCACAGCGUUGUGACGUGGCAAAAGUUUGAUGAUGCUUUGACGAAGAAAGCAGCAUCCAUAUUCACGUCACUGUAUCGAGCGUUCGACAAGUUGUUCCACGAAACUGGGUCUUAUGAAGCGAAUUACGACUUUUUAGUCUAUGAUCAGCCUAUGCUUUCGUGCGAUGAUCUUCUUUCUCCGGUCGUAUUGAAUCAACUGACAUUUGUUCUUGCCACGACCCCGAGCUUUGACACAGCUCCCAUACUCUACCAGACCAACGCGAGCCAGAGAGUCUCAGCGCUAGGAGCUAUCACAAAACUCGAAGACUCUUUGAAGACAAUCUCGCGAGACUACGACUUCCGAAUGCUGCUUAUUUCAGGACACAAGAAGCUUGAGAAUGAGACUUUCAUUUUCGGUGCCUUUGUGAAGGAUUUGGCCGAUUCGUUUACAGUCGUGGAGCUCGAAGAUAAACGUCGUGAAAGGACUUUUCUGUUCCAAGUCAGUCCAACACACGAUGUCUUUAGAAGUCAGGUUGGCAAGACGGCGUUCGCAGCGGACGAUGGUCUCUCUUUUGGAACUUCGGGAUCGGGGUUCUCUAUGCGUCUAGAAAGCGACUUGAGCAAGCUGCAUGUCUGCCAUAAGCUUGCUGGUGACGGGGUAUAUCAGCCGACUACAUGGAGAGGCGACUGGGAAUUGGAGUUAGAAGUUGACAGGAUUGAGCUACGGGGUGACUAG